CGAUGAUGUGAGAGAUCCCCCGCGUGUCAGCGCGGCUGUCCAAGGUGUUCGGGGAUGUGCCGUGGGUCGAUGUCGUGGAGAGAACGUCGCCAGCAUGACCGCGGACUCGUGCCUCCAGAUUUCGGAGGCGCUCGGCCGCCACCCCGUCCUCAUCGAUGCGGCUGGGAUCUCCCGCGUGCGACGCCCCCGCCUUUACUGGUGCAAUUUCCCAGUAGGGCGCGGCGCACUGCGGACUUCGGCUCCUGCGCGUGACACGGUGGAGCUGGCUGCGGAGGUGGAGCCGACGGAGUUGUGGCUGCUCGGAGAUGCUUGCUGGGACCUGGGCAGCCGGGCUCGCCUCCCAGCUUUCGCCCGGGCCCUCCCUCGAGCAACGCCGCCCCCUGCCCCCGCGGGCCUGCAAGAGUGCACGGCCCACGAGCGGGCUCGGUGGGCGGCGGACGACUUCCGCUUCCCUCCGUGCACUCACAAGGAUUCGAACACGGUGGCGACGGCGGACGGAGGCCGCCGUGUCUUGUCCCCAGUGGAGAGAGAGGUCUUGAUGGGCUUCUGGCCAGAGCAUACUCUACCUGCUCGGGCCGCCUCCGGCCGCGAGGGCGAUAACAUGCGGUGCUCCCAGGUGGGCAACAGUUUCCACGUUGGCGUGAUGGCGUGGCUGCUGGCGCAGGGCCUCUUCGCAGUCGGCCUCGCAGAUGCCCGUGUUGCGGCGUCGGAGAUUCAGGGCGCCUUCUAUGCCGAGCGCCGGGCGCGGAGAACGAAGCUGAGGCAGCUCGUGCCAUUGUUCAUGGGUUGCUCCGUCAUGCUGACCAUCGAGGGUCUGGCGUCCGGCUUGUGGAUCUGGCAGACGGUCCUGUCCCACAGGUGGCGGCGCCUCGGCCGGCACAUCAACGAACUAGAGAUGCAGGAGGUCUUAUCCGCUCUCAAAUGGCUUGCGCGUAAGAGCGACCACCAUGGCUUGAGGAUUGGUAUGUUGGUCGACUGCCAAGUGGUCCUCGCCAUCUGUGCCAAGGGCCGGUCGUCUUCGCACAGGCUGAACCACCUUGUCAAACGAAUUGAUGCGCAGCGCUUGGCCUGCGACCUCUACCCCUUCUACGGCUACGUCACUAGCAAGACCAACCCGGCCGACGCCCCCUCGCGAAAGCGCGAGCGCGUGGCGUCUGGCCUUACACCUGGCCCCAGCAGGCGGGCUCCGCCCUCUCGGCCUAUUGAGGCCGCCCCCAGUAGGGAGGGGCGCGGAGCCCCGGCCGCGGGCCGGGCAGGUGCCAAGUCGACGAAAUGCCGCCUAUAAAUUGAUUCUUGCUAGCCGUAGAAGGGAAAAUCGUGCGCGUGCCCGCCGAGCUAUGGGUCGCCUUGCCGAUUGCGUGGUCUCCGCGCCGACCCUGGCGCGUUAUUCAACGCGCGUUGAUGCCUUUCUGUCUUGGCAGGGGUCCGAGUGGGAGGCCCCGGAAGAUCCUUCAUAUAUGGAUCAGACUGUUAUGGACUACAUCGAGAUGCUUUGGUCCGAGGGGGAGCCGAAAAGGGGUGGUGGGCCCCGCGCCUGAUUCCUGUGCGCGCCGCACGCCUUCGGCUAACAAUACUGUCUGGCCACCGGA